CCACCACAUACAGAGGAACUGGAACAGGAAAUGGUGGUAGUACCACCACAUACAGAGGAACUGGAACAGGCAAUGGCGGUAGUACCACCACAAAUAGAGGUACUGGAACAGGCAAUGGUGGUAGUACCACCACAUACAGAGGAACUGGAACAGGCAAUGGUGGAAGUACCACCACAUACAGAGGAACCGGGUCAGGCAAUGGCGGUAGUACAACCACUUACAGGGGAACCGGAACAGGCAAUGGUGGUAGUACCACCACAUACAGAGGAACCGGAACAGGCAAUGGCGGUAGUACCACCACAAAUAGAGGAACUGGAACAGGCAAUGGCGGUAGUACCACCACAUACAGAGGAACUGGAACAGGCAAUGGCGGUAGUACCACCACAUACAGAGGAACUGGAACAGGCAAUGGCGGUAGUACCACCACAUACAGAGGAACUGGAACAGGCAAUGGUGGUAGUACCACCACAUAUAGGGGAACUGGAACAGGCAAUGGUGGUAGUACCACCACAUAUAGAGGAACUGGAACAGGCAACGGUGGUAGUACCACCACAUAUAGAGGAACUGGAACAGGCAAUGGCGGUAGUACCACCAAAAAUAGAGGUACCGGAACAGGCGGAAGCUCAUCUACCA